CAAAAACCCUAACAUCGCUUUGUCUCCACCGGCCACAUUUGCAGAGAGAGUGAGAGAGAGAAAUCGGCGAAGAUGAAGUACAAUCCAAGAGUAUCCUCCUCCCGCCGCAAGAGCAGGAAGGCUCAUUUCACAGCUCCUUCCAGCGUUCGUCGCGUGUUGAUGAGCGCACCUUUGUCAUCCGAUUUGCGAACCAAGUACAAUGUCAGGUCUAUGCCGGUGAGGAAGGACGACGAGGUGCAGGUUGUUCGCGGGACCUACAAGGGCCGUGAGGGCAAAGUUGUUCAAGUUUACCGUAAGAAGUGGGUGAUUCACAUUGAGCGCAUUACCAGAGAGAAGGUUAACGGAUCUACCGUUAACGUUGGUAUUCACCCGUCCAAGGUUGUCGUCACCAAGCUCAGGCUCGACAAGGACCGUAAGUCUCUUCUUGACCGUAAGGCUAAGGGUCGUGCUGCUGCUGAUAAGGAUAAGGGUACUAAGUUCACCGCCGAGGAUAUCAUGCAGACCGUUGAUUAGUUUUUCUGCCACCUCUUGUGUUUCUGUUCUGUUAUAUCUUAUUGCUAUUGCUACCUAGUGCUUGUUGGGAUAGCUAAAGGGGUUUUUUCUGAGACUCUGAAUUUUGUUGCAGUAUUUAGUGAUAACAUUGUGCAAUUUUUGCUAUAAUCAAAUGUCAUUCUCGUUAAGUAUCGUGUUA